UGAUUUCAAGAGUUAUGAGAAAUAAAUCUGAUUUAAACUAACAUUUAGUGUUGAAACAGACAGUUAACAUAUUGUUGCUGGUUGAGGGAACACAGACAGGAGACACAAUGGCGGUUUGUUCUUUAUUUUACUUUCAUUCAGACUCCCUCCCUCCUUCAGUUCACUUCUUUCUGAUGAUGGCUGUACAAUCUAGAGGCGGGCUGUGGCUCAGAGGCAGAGUGGGUCGCUCAGUAAUCGGAAGGUUGGCGGCUCGAUCCUAAGGAGGGUCUGUGUGCCGCACUAGUUCCUCUUUCCCUUCAGUCCGCGGAGGAAUACUUUGCAGUGCUUAGACACUAUAAAAGAGCUGCUCAAAGCUGCGGUCUCUGUUUAAGGCAGAGAGAUGUGGAGGAGUGGAGCUGAAUGCAGAACUUCAACAAGACCCAGCGGUUACUACAGAACCAUCUCUGCCAUCAGGGAGAAGAUGAUCUGCUGGAUCCUGCUGCUCAUCAACCUGACCUCCUGUGUCUGUGGAACAUUUGUAGUGAAUGUGACACAGACCUCCUAUCAGGCAGAGGAGAACCAUAACAUCACACUGGAAUGGACGUUCACAACCAACACUGACAGUUCCCUCAACUUCCUUUUUAUCUACUGUAGACUGAUUACUGAUCACAUGGUUUCAGUCCUCUAUAAUCUAAGGGAUGGUGUCGAGAUCACAGAGUCUCAGGAUGAACAGUUUAAAGGACGAGUCCAGUGUGAAAAAGACGUCCUCAGAGAAGGACGAAUCAGACUUCAUGUGUCCAGACUCAGGAUUGAAGACUCGGGCCUGUACCUGUGUAAAGUAUUCACAACUUAUGGUGGCAACGUUGGUAAAUGUCGACUCAGAGUCACUGCAGACAAACAACAACAGAGACAACCGCCACCAAACCAGGGAACAACUAGCUGCUGCUGUACAUUAGCUCUGGCUGUAGUACUACUGUACUGCUUUACUUUUUAUUUCCUGUAAACUCUCCACAACAACUGCACAAACACUACAGCCGUGCAGUGCUUUGAGCUAAAUGAAGUUGACAUUAAGAUUGUUUUAUUAAGUGAUUAAUAUUUACAUUUAAAGAUGUAAAGCUUAAUUAUUAUUGUGCCUUGCAAACUAUACUUAUUACUAUUCUUCCGUACGUUUUUCGGCGCAGCUGCUGUGGCCUCCCCUGAUUGCCAUGACAACCAAAGCCUGCCUCACACACACACACACAGCUAGCUACAGAGAAUGACAAGGCAUUAAUAAGUUAGCGCUAGCUGGCUAGCUAAAGAUAAUUAGCAGGUGGCUAACAAACAAACAAUUUAAAGCUGAAUGAUUUUAAUAUUAAAACAAAAUAAGUGCAAUACACCUUAAAUAUUUUACCCUACUAUGAGCUGUUCCUUAAUUUACAUUAGCACUCCUUCAGGAGAAUAAUACAAUUAAACACAUUAACCAAAGCUAGAGAUUAGCAAUCGCUAGCUUUGGUUAAUGUGUUUAAUUGUGCUACCUCUAGCUAGCUAAAGACAUGGUAUUAACAUAUGGGCCAGAGCAAGACACAAUAAAAAUUUAUUUUGGAAUUUUCCAGUUAUUAUACUGUCUGGUUACUUAAAGUUAAUGCACACCUUCUAACCAAUCAGAAUCCAGAAUUCUGAGUAUAUAGCAGGACAUUAAGGUGUGUUUUUAUGUUUCAGAAUAACACAAACGAUAAAUACUGUGUUACUGUCCCUGCAUGUGUUUCUUGAUCCUCUGGUCUGGGAGCAGCAGACUGAACACAUCAACAGAACUACAGCUUUCUGUUGUUGUGUGGUCUGACCUGUAACAAUGUUUUUAUUGUGUUGUUGUGCAACUGAAACUGUAAUCUAUAGGGGUGUAAGAAAAUAUCAAUACACUUCAGUAUUGAUUGAGUAUCUCAUGAUAUUGUAGCGAUUCUCACAAACACUUUAUUGCAUUUGAAUUAGCACUUUACAUGAUCUGUGGCAGUGGUUUCAUUUUGUCAACAUAUUGUAAUAAUUGUAAACCCUGUCUUGUGAUAUGUAUCAGCUCCCUGUCAAUA